AUGGUGUCGUCAGUAACUUCGCAAGAUGCGCAGGUUGGGUCGAAUAAGCGAAAGCGGGUUGAGGAGGAAGAUGGUGCAGAGAACACAUCCAAGACAGCUGGCGGACAACAGCCCAGCAAGAAAAAGAAGAAGAAACGGUCAAAAGGUGCGAAAGGCGGGAACGACUACGAUGCGAAUAAGGUUAUGGGUAAGGAUGGAGGGAUUGACGAGUCCAUUGGAAAGAUGGACGGGAAGCUCCUUGGAGAUUACUUCGUGCAGCGAGUGAAGAGGCAUAACAAGAACUUGACCGCUGUGGAAUUGGACGAUUUCUAUAUCCCAGAACAUGCAUUUCUCGAUACCUCAUCCUGGGAAUCGUCUCGGGAGCUCGAUAACAUGCCAUCCUUCCUGAAAGCGUUCAGUCCAGAGAAAGGCGCAUCUCUUUCCAAGGCUUCUGAAGUUCACGGAUCUCCACAUACACUGGUUGUCACUCUAGCAGGCCUCAGAGCGGCAGAGAUAACAAGGGCGCUACGGCAAUUUCAAAACCAGGACUGCGCUGUUGCCAAGCUCUUUGCUAAACAUAUUAAACUGAAAGAAGCUCAGGAAACAGUGGAGAAGACAAGGAUAGGUAUAGGUAUCGGAACGCCGGUCAGGCUGAAUGAUCUUGUGAACUCGGGAUCACUAAAGCUUGAUUCGUUGAAGCGUAUUGUUGUUGAUGGCUCCUAUGUUGACCAAAAGAAGCGCGGCAUAUUUGAUAUGAAGGAGCUCCAUUUCCCUCUUAUGGAGCUUUUAAAUCGAGCCGAGCUUAGAGACCGAUAUCAGUCAAAGAAAAGUGAUAAGGUGCAAAUUAUUGUAUUUUGA